UGCUGACGAAAUGUUUGGCUUCCAUAGCAUCUUUCAAGGGGAUAAUGAAACGAGUCUACAAACCAAUCUUACGAAAACUCAACCGGAGAAACCUGUAGAUUCUGAUACUCAGCAUUUGCCUGACUUGGACAGUAACGAUACAGUCCAAGAAGUGCAGAGUCUCGAAGAUAAAUUUAUUAGCACUUUAUUUUUUGGAAUGUCACUCGGUACAUUCAGCACUCGCUAUAGACUAACCAAACUUCACUGGAUCAAAUACUUUUUAGGAGACGGAAGGUAUUUAUUGGGUGGAGUAGUUCUGUCCAUAGUUUAUGGAAUGUUACUGCCCGUGUUUGCUCUGUUGAUUGGUAGAAUAUUGAACUAUUACUUUGAGUUGGCUGAUGGCACUCGUCUGUCGAAUGCAUCGUAUGAAGAUUCCAUCCUUAUUCCUUUCUUUCUUUUAGGUGGUGUCGCGUGGUUCCUCAACUUUGGACAGAAUUGCAUGUGGUACCGACUUGGUAUGAAGCAGACAUAUCUAGUUCGGAAAAGAGCUCUUUACAUACUUAUGGAUAUGCCGACUCAUCGAAAGGAAUUUGCGUUGAGCAUGCUUCGUGAGAAACACUUGACUGAAGAGGAUUCGCCAGCUUUUAGAAUGAUGGAGGAUUUUGGCAACUUUUUUUAUUAUGGCUCGGAAAUGGUUUGCGCUCUAGUAAUUGCUUUUGUUGGCAGCUGGCAGCUGACGCUACUCUUGUGUGGCUCUGGUCUGCUUUUAGUCGGCACUGGCAUAUUCGAGAUAAAGAUGCUAGAACAGUCUUUGCAACGAACUCGUACUCAAACUGAAGUAGAAAGUCAUGAGAAACGUAUCUUGGAUAGUCUCCCAUUGAUUCACGAAUGUAAUACAGAACGCGAAGAAUAUCAAGUCUAUUGCCAACUUUUAGAUGAUUUCUUCCUUGAAAAUCUUAAAAGAAGAAGAUUAUACAUCGCUUCUGCAAGCGUCUCUGUUUUGCUUGUCACGGAGAUUUACAUCAUUGGCAUUUGGUUUAGCGCUUGGCUAGCAGAACAGAAAAUGAUAAGCAAAGGGGAUAUCGUCAGUGUUCUUUUAGCUAUUGGAUUGGCUGCUGUGGCUAUUGUAAGGUCGGUGCGCUUAUUCCAGAGCGUUCGUGACUCCCGUUUUCACGUCGAAGAAUUUUUUAGUACGUUUCGUAGAGACAACUCCGAGAAUUCAUGGUUUAAGAGUCAUGCCUUGGUCAUUUCUAAACGUCGCCUUCAUGGCGAAUUAGAAGUUCAGAAUUUGAGGUUUCCAAAUGAAAAUUGGCAAAGAAGCAAGGGAAUGUCCUUUUAUGUGAGAAGAGGGGAAAUUGUUGCUCUGGUCAGUAGAGAUUUGGAAGAAGUUCAUAAGAUAAUUGCCAUGAUUCAACGCAAUAUUCCUAGUGAAUGUGGAUUGAUUACAAUUGAUGGCGUUGAUAUUACGCGGUUCAAUGGAACCAGUUUCCGUUCCAUUGUAGGCAAUGUUUGCAAUGCGAAAACGUUAUUGGAGGGUACAAUUGUGGAAAAUCUUCAGUAUGGGAUGCGCGAUGUGAAUUUUAGUGAUAUUGUUACUGCUGCGCAACAGUCCUACAUUCACAAAUUUAUUCAAUCAUUGCCACGAGGGUAUCAAACCAUGAUCGGAACUCCCGAUAGUCCUCACUUUCCUGAAUGGGCUUAUCAUCGCUUAGCUUUAUGUCGAGUCCUAGUUCGGCAACCUAUUGUAUUAUUGCUUGAUGCAAAGACUGUGGAGGCGUACAUAUACCACGAUGAUAUUCCUGUAGAUGCUUUGAAACAAAUAGCAAAGGAUCGUACUUGUGUGUUUGUAUCCAAUAGUGCCCUUGUUGUUCAAGCUGCAACAAGAAUAUGUGUAUUUAAACAUGGCGAAAUUAUCACACAAGGCAAACAUUAUGAUUUGUUCGAAAAUUGUUUGUAUUAUCGAGAUGUUAUUACGGAGGAAUCCGAACCUUUCAACAAUAGACUUUCUGUUCAAACAUCUUCUCAAAAUAACAAAUCCUCAGAACCCCAAGCCUCGUUACUACAUUUUCCGAGUAGCCUUUCGAGAAGCUCAUCUGGCGCACUUGAAAUGGACGAUAUGAACAAUGGCAUGGUAUGAUAAGUAUCAACAGUGAUAACUAUCGAGGUUUUAGAAAGCGCAUCUUUGCUUGUUUAGUUUGGAAUCGAACUGUGAAAUUUUUACAAGUAAAUGAUAACCAUUGUAUUCUAUCUGUUGGUUUCAUUGAAGAACAAGAGUUUUCAAGAAGCCCAUCCAUGACGACUUUUCAAAAAGGUAUAUUGACUUGACAACCAUAUUAUUUGUUUGCCUCAACUAGAGAAUAUCCAUUUCUGAAAAGUAAAAAAGGGUCAUUUCAAGUCGGCCGUAGGGAAUAUAUCCCUUUCUCCAAAACCUACGAAAGUAUGAAACGAAUGGAAGAUAAUGGAAAAGUGAACACAAACAUCAUCUCUCAACAAGCAUUAGGGAAAACAUCUUGUGCAAAAACUUGUCGUUUCUCUUUUUAAGAACGGUGGAUGGGUAGUCAUAGUAUUACUCAUCCUGCUAGUCACAGUUUCUAGAGUCAUUUUGUAACACAAAAAAGAGAGAAAAAGUAGUUUAUGAGAAGUUGUUUUUUAGGAAAAGGACGUGUUGACUAUCCCUACUCGUAUAGACGAUAAGUAUAUGGAGGAGGAGUUGUCACAAUUGAUUUAUGAAA